ACAAAAUGGCCAUCGGCAGUGAGCAGUCGGCGCCGGCGAGGAAAGCAGGGCGCAUGCGCAGGUCUGCGCGGUCUUGGCACAUGCGUACAUAGGCCUUUGAGCGCUUAGCGAAUGGACGCUGCGAUGCUAGUGACGUAAGAAGCCGAGAAGGAAGAUGGCGGCGGGGGCUCCAGUUGCACUUGGUGAUGGGAUCAGGAAGCGCAUAACGGCGCCCAGCAAAGCCGCACUGUCCGAUUUCCGCGAUGGCACUAAGGCCACAUUUCAUUAUCAGACAUUACUAUGUGAUGACAAGCGCACAAUGAUUGAUGACAGUUCAAAUAGAGAAAAGCCUAUGGAGUUAAUAAUUGGCAAGAAGUUCAAAUUGCCUGUGUGGGAGACUAUUAUCCGCAGUAUGAGGGAAGGCGAAGUCGCAGAGUUUCUGUGUGACACUCCGCAUGUCAUCGAAUACCCACAAGUGUCUCGCAGUUUGCGGCAGAUUGCUGCAGGACAGGACCCCCGUGAAGGUCAAAGGCAUUGCUGCGGAGGAAUUGCACAGCUUCAUGACCAUUCCCUCGGGUUUCCGGACCUAGAUUCUAUGCAGAAAGACCCUCAACCUCUGAUAUUUGUCAUCACUCUCGUAAAGGUACAAGAGCCAGGAUCGUACAGACAGGAUGCUUGGGCCAUGUCAGAUGAAGAGAAACUGGAAGCUGUGCCUCUCCUUCACCAAGAAGGAAACCAGUUGUUCAAAGAAGAGAAGACCGUUGAAGCAGCUGCCAAAUAUUACGAGGCCAUUGCCUGCCUUAAAUCCUUACAGAUGAAGGAACAGCCUGGAUCCCCUGAUUGGAUUGCUCUAGAUUUGAAGAUCACACCAUUACUUCUUAAUUAUUGCCAGUGCAAAUUGCUGGAGGGUGAAUACUACCAAGUUUUGGAGCACUGCUCAUCGAUACUAAACAAGUAUUCAGAUAAUGUAAAAGCUCUGUUUAAACGAGGACGGGCUCACGCAGCAGUCUGGAAUGAAGAAGAAGCUAAGAAGGAUUUCUCACGGGCUGUGGAACUGGACCCUUCCCUCACACAUCUCAUUGCCAAAGAGUUGAAGCGUCUAGAGGAGCGGUUACAGCAAAAAGAGGGGGAGGACAAAGCAAGGUUUCGAGGCAUAUUCAAAUGACUGCUUCCUACAAACUCAGUCUAUUUAGGUCAAUGCUCCAUUGCGUGAGGAAGAAAUUUCCUUUGAACCUGUAACUGGCACAAUAUAAUGAUGUGGCCUAUAAGCCAUUUCAUCUGCUGAUGUGUUAUGGUAAUCAUCUUACUCAAAGACAGGAAUCAAAUUGGGGUCAGCGAUGUUUAAAGACCCAAUGACAGUGCAUCAUUAGGACCCAGAUGAGCAACUACCACAAUAUUACUGCUAGUGGA